AUGACCUCCUCCACAGGAUCUGAGGACCUGACAGCACUGCCGCCUGCGCCCCACUUGAGGAGCGCUGCAGACUGCAGGGCUUACAUUGAGUCCCUGCCAGGCGGCGCGAAAUGCCUAGAGAGAGCGAACGAGCUCGUUCGAUGCAUUGAGGCCUCCCAUCCCGUUGAUCAGGGUUUCUAUCAAUGGGCUGCAAACAGCAUGGUGGAGGCCCGGGGUCACCUGGAGGAAAUUUUGAUUGCAUCCUGCUGCCAGGGAUAUGUGCUCACUGAUUGGGAAGGGCACUCCGAGAACAUACCUAUUGCGUUGGAGACGGUCCUGGUGGCAGGCAUUCAUGGCAGCGCCCUCAAGUCAAUAGAGAUUACCUGCAGCACAGAGGAUGCAUCCCUACACCAGCUCACCCUCAAUUUGGCAAAAAUGGCGCAGAGCGCAAACCAGGGAAAGCUAGGCAAGGAGCUGGCAGCGUUCUGCAGCGUUCCUGGGCACUUUCUUGAAUUGGACUUGGCGCCGGCGGCUGAUGCACUGCAGCUCACGGAGAGCGCCUCUUGCUGCCCUCUAGAGGUGGCUGAUGGCAUCGAGGAGUGUGUACACCUCCUAGUGGAGGCAGCUGCUGCAAUGUCUGACGGGGGAGAUAGCGACCCUGGCAGUGACAUGACAGCGGACGAUGUGCUGGGGCUCAUGAUAGCCACAGUCAUCAUGGCACAGCCGCGGCGUCUGCCGUCCAUGCUGGAACAUGUCAAGACCUUCUACACCUGUGGUGACUGGGCAGGCCAGACUGGCUUCCAGGUCGCAACAUUGGAGGCUGCAACUGCCUUUCUUUUGCAGCAAGCGCCUGCCCAUGAAGCAGGGAUGCCUCGCAAGAACAGCAUGAGCUUGGUGUGGGCGCUGCUAGACUCGGAUGAGCCACUCACCUUCGUCCAGAACGCUGCACCCCUGCAGACAGCCUUGCGCAGAGCUGCACAGACUGACGCCGAAGCCCAGUCGGAGCUGCAGCUGAAACGCAUGCUCUCUCGCAGCAGCUUCAGGUAUGGCAACACCCCGGCCCUGCGAUCAAUGCUGAGUAAGGAGCUGACUCAUCGCGCGGCUUCCCUGCACCGGGCAGCUUCCCUGCAGCGUGUAGCUUCCCUGCAUAGCCGCAGCAGCAGCUGCGCAUCGCUGCCAGCUGCAGUGCCGCCCAAACUGCCCGGGCCGGGCAGCCACAUUGGCCACACCUCUGGCAGCAGGGCUCUUCCCUCAGCUGCCAACGAGACAUUAGGAAUUGCAGCAAUUUCCCAGGUCAAUGGUAUCGCUCAGGAGAGCAGCAGCAUAUGCAGUGGAGGGAGGAGGAGUGCUAGCAUGCAGCCCAUGCCGAGCCCAUUCAGGGAUGCAGCUCUAUACACAGAUCCCAUCUUCCAUUCCAGUGCGCAAAAAGAGAAGGACCGGCAAGCAGGGGGAAAUUCAGAGGGACCGGGAGCAUCUGUUGGGGUUUCAGGCAAUGCAGAGAGUAGGAACAGCGCAUUCAGCAGGUCGGGCAAUCUUGAGAGGGCACUGGGGAGGCAGGAAAAGAGUGAUCAGCUGGCGACUGCUCUGCUGAGGAUGAGCAUGCGAGCAGAUGAGCAGCUGCAGAAACAGGCCAGGCUUGUGCUGCAGAACACUGGGACAUAA